AAAAAAAAAAAAAAAGAGAAGGAGAAAAGAUGGCGACGCCUCGUCGCUCCUCUCAGCAGCAGCAGCAGCAGCAGCCGAGCUCCAUGCUGUCCUCCCCGCCUCGGGCUGCCUCUCUCUCCGUCUCUCCGCCCGGCUCUCCGCUUGGAUCCGCCGACGAUGCCACCUCGCUGUCUGCCGGCUCGGAGGCCGACAACCCGGCGGACGGUGAAGUCACCCCGGCCUCUGUGGACACCCCAGCCCCGGCCCUCAGCGGUAGCAGCACUAGCAGCAGCGCUAGCUCCCCGACCACCACCUCCACCUCCACGGAGGGCAGCGGCACCAGCGCCGGCUCCACGCCCGACUCGGGGGGCGUUAGCCCGGGCGGAGGCGGCGGGGCGAACGGGGCUUUCCGGGAGCUGUUUGAAGCCUGCCGGAACGGAGACGUGUCGCGGGUGAAGAAGCUGGUGGACACGGUGAACGUGAACGCCAAAGACAUGGCAGGACGCAAAUCAACCCCGCUGCAUUUCGCCGCAGGAUUUGGCCGGAAGGACGUGGUGGACCACCUGCUGCAGACGGGGGCGAACGUGCACGCCCGCGACGACGGGGGCCUGAUCCCGCUUCACAACGCCUGCUCGUUCGGCCACUCGGAGGUGGUGUCCCUGCUGCUGUGCCAAGGGGCCGACUCCAACGCCCGAGACAACUGGAACUACACACCGCUGCACGAGGCCGCCAUCAAGGGCAAGAUUGACGUCUGUAUAGUGCUGCUGCAGCAUGGAGCCGACCCCAACAUCCGCAACACGGACGGCAAGUCGGCGCUCGACCUCGCCGAGCCCUCCGCCAAGGCCGUGCUCACAGGUGAAUACAAGAAGGAUGAGCUGCUGGAGGCGGCCAGGAGUGGAAAUGAGGAGAAGCUAAUGGCCUUGCUCACUCCGCUCAACGUCAACUGCCAUGCGAGCGACGGCCGCAAGCACGGAGCCUGUGUGAACGCCAUGGACCUUUGGCAGUUCACCCCGCUCCACGAGGCCGCCUCCAAAAACCGAGUGGAGGUCUGUUCACUGCUGCUGAGCCACGGCGCCGACCCCUCGCUCCUCAACUGCCACAGCAAGAGCUCCGUGGACAUGGCGCCGACCCCAGAGCUGAAGGAGAGACUAACGUAUGAAUUCAAGGGUCACUCGCUGCUUCAGGCAGCACGGGAAGCUGACAUGGCCAAGGCUAAGAAGACCAUGGCCCUGGAGAUCAUCAACUUCAAACACCCUCACACACAUGAGACCGCACUGCAUUGUGCCGUAGCGUCCCCCCACCCCAAGAGGAAACAGGUGACCGAGCUGCUGCUGCGGAAAGGAGCCAACGUCAACGAGAAGAACAAGGAUUUUAUGACUCCGCUUCACGUGGCGGCGGAGAGAGCUCACAAUGACAUCAUGGAGGUGCUGCAGAAACACGGCGCAAAGGUGAAUGCCCUGGACACGCUGGGUCAGACGGCGUUGCAUCGCGCCGCGCUGGCCGGCCACCUCCAGACCUGCCGGCUGUUGCUAGGAUACGGAGCUGACGCCUCUCUGGUGUCACUACAGGGCUUCACCGCUGCUCAGAUGGGAAAUGAGGCCGUCCAGCAGAUACUCAAUGAAAACAUUCCAGCGAGGAACUCCGAUGUGGACUACAGACUUCUGGAAGCAGCUAAAGCCGGAGACUUGGACACCGUCAAGUCUCUGUGCACAGCUCAGAAUGUGAACUGUAGAGAUCUGGAAGGACGCCACUCCACUCCUCUCCACUUUGCUGCUGGCUACAACAGGGUGUCGGUGGUGGAAUACCUGCUGCACCACGGGGCCGACGUGCACGCCAAGGACAAAGGCGGUCUGGUUCCCCUCCACAACGCCUGCUCGUACGGUCACUACGAGGUGGCCGAGCUGCUGGUCAGACACGGAGCCUCCGUCAACGUGGCCGACCUCUGGAAGUUCACGCCACUCCACGAGGCCGCCGCCAAGGGAAAAUAUGAGAUAUGCAAACUGCUGCUCAAGCACGGGGCCGACCCGACCAAGAAGAACCGGGACGGGAACACCCCGCUGGACCUGGUGAAGGACGGGGACACCGACAUCCAGGACCUGCUGAGGGGCGACGCCGCGCUGCUGGACGCCGCCAAGAAGGGCUGCCUGGCCAGGGUGCAGAAGCUCUGCAGCCCGGACAACAUCAACUGCAGGGACACGCAGGGGCGCAACUCGACUCCCCUGCACCUCGCAGCCGGCUAUAAUAACCUGGAGGUAGCAGAGUAUCUGUUGGAGCACGGAGCCGAUGUCAACGCUCAGGACAAAGGAGGGUUGAUACCUCUGCACAACGCCGCUUCAUAUGGGCACGUGGACAUCGCCGCCCUGCUGAUCAAGUACAACACGUGCGUCAACGCCACGGACAAGUGGGCGUUCACUCCGCUGCACGAGGCGGCGCAGAAGGGGCGGACCCAGCUCUGCGCUCUGCUAUUGGCCCACGGAGCCGAUCCCACCAUGAAGAACCAGGAGGGACAGACGCCGCUCGACUUGGCAACGGCUGAUGACAUCAGAGCGCUGUUGAUUGAUGCCAUGCCCCCGGACGCCCUGCCCAGCUGUUUGAAACCGCAAGCCACUGUGGUGAGCGCAGGUGUGGUGAGUUCAGGAGCUACGGCCGGCGUGGUCAUCUCCCCCUCCCCCUCCCCCUCCUGCCUGUCGGCGGCCAGCAGCAUCGACAACCUGACCACGCCCCUCGGUGACAUCACAGUGGGCGGGGCCACGGGGAGCGUGGACGGAGCGGCUGGGUCUGAGAGGAAGGAAGGAGAAAAUCUGCUCGACAUGACCAUCAGCCAGUUUUUAAAGAGUCUCGGGCUGGAGCAUCUCCGAGAUAUCUUCCAGAGGGAGCAGAUUUCGCUGGACGUGCUGGCGGACAUGGGGCACGAGGAGCUGAAGGAGAUCGGCAUCAACGCCUACGGACACAGACACAAACUCAUCAAGGGCAUCGAGAGGCUCCUGGGAGGCCAGCAAGGGGCCAACCCGUACCUGACGUUCCACUGUGCCAGUCAGGGCACCGUGCUGAUCGACCUGGCACCGGAUGACAAGGAGUUCCAGUCUGUGGAGGAAGAAAUGCAGAGCACCAUCAGAGAGCACCGCGACGGAGGAAACGCCGGCGGGGUUUUCAGCCGCUACAACAUCCUCAAGAUUCAGAAGGUGGUGAAUAAGAAGCUGAGAGAGAGAUACUCACACCGGCAGAAGGAGAUCGCCGACGAGAAUCACAACCACCACAACGAGCGCAUGCUCUUUCACGGCUCCCCCUUCAUCAACGCCAUCAUCCACAAGGGCUUCGACGAGCGCCACGCCUACAUCGGCGGGAUGUUUGGGGCCGGCAUCUAUUUUGCCGAGAACUCGUCCAAAAGCAACCAGUACGUCUACGGGAUCGGAGGGGGCACGGGAUGUCCCACCCACAAAGACCGCUCCUGCUACAUCUGCCACAGGCAGAUGCUGUUCUGCAGGGUGACACUGGGGAAGUCCUUCCUCCAGUUCAGUGCCAUGAAGAUGGCCCACGCCCCCCCGGGCCACCACUCUGUCAUCGGACGGCCGAGUGUCAACGGCCUGGCGUACGCCGAGUACGUCAUCUACCGAGGGGAGCAGGCCUACCCCGAGUACCUGAUCACCUACCAGAUCGUGAAGCCGGAGAGUCUGGCCGCGCCCGCCGCCGCCGCCGAGCAGAAGUCUUAAAAAAAAAGCCGCUCAGGAGCACAGCAGGCGGGACAGCCGGACUCUCUCCUUUGGGACGAGGAGCCGCCUGCAGGUGGACCACAGGUGGACCAGAACUUGUUUCACACCUCCGAUCCAAAAGGAACCGGACUCGAGGCCUAAAGAGUGAAAGUCGUCCGGGCAGGAGUGGAGAGACCCUCUUGGACGGCCGAGCUUGAGAGCGUUUUCUGCAAGGAGGAACGAGGAGGAGGCAGUCUGAGUUUAGGGGACACGACACACACACACACCAGCGCACCUGGACAGGCUCCUCGAUCCCAUUCUUUAAUUAACCGGGCUUGAUUUGCAGCGGAAAUGCAAGUCAGUCGAUUAUUUCAUCCAUCCAACCAGCUCCUUUUUAAAUCUGCAGUGACGUUGAAAAACAUGAGCACAGGUCACAGACCAUAACACAAAAUUAAAAAAAUAAUAAUAAUGGAUACAGCUGGCAGGUGCAAUUAAUACAGUUACAGCUGGAGCGGAGAAAUCCAGGACAGUUUCUCCUUCGUCUUCAUCAAAGGAAGGGCGUCCACGCUGCAGGAAAAAAAAAAACAGUCUGAAAUAAACUGACUGGUCCAGGAGAUCCAAACAUGUUAAGGAGCAACUAAAACCCAAAUGUGUGUGUGCAGCCU